AUGGAUACUUAUGUUAAAGAUCAGGACCUGGCGUGUGAGUAUUCCGUUCUUCAAGAGCCUAAUAACGCUGUAAAUUGGUCGAAAUACAUAGCUUCUAAGCGUGAUAACCCAAUUGCACUAUCAUGGAUAUACGAAAGGUGUUUGACUGAAAUACCAGAUAACUGGGAUAUAUGGAACGAAUACUUAAAGCUGAGAAUAUCUUAUUUGAAUUCUGCAAAUGCCGUUGCAUAUCAUGAAGAAUAUGAGAAAGUUAACGGUUUGUUCAGGAAAUGCUUGGUUCAUUGCAACAAAGUACCCCAAGUCUGGACAGCCUUCUUGGAAUUUUGCAUCCUGCAGGGGGACUUAAAGCUUUUAAGAGAGGUUUUACAUGACGCAUUGCGUACACUUUCUUUAGAGUUCCAUUCUGUUGUAUGGGAACCUGUUAUAGACUAUAUUGACAAGACGGUGUUGCCCGAAGAAUUCAGUCAGCCAGAUGAAGGUAAUGAGCUGUCGGAGCUUUUAAGAAGAGGAUUGUUCGGAUUAGAAGACCUUAAGGAUGAUAACAAGGACAUAUGGUCUUCUUAUAUGAUUUCACGAUACGCCCAGAUUUCCGAUGAUAUAGAUCGGUUACUGCCCAUACUUAAAAGAACCAACGACCAACGAGUAAUAUCGGAAGUAUACGAUAAACGUGUAUUUUUAAAAGGUUUUGAGAAAAAUGCAAUAAAUUUGCAUGAUAAAUACCUGACUUAUAUUACCUCAUUGGACUAUACUGGGCAAACGACGAAGCUUAUUGCGGUUAUUGAACGUUGUUCUGCACUGUUUCCGGAGCAAGCAUCUCAAUUGGAUGUCGCAUUAUCAAAACACUAUGUUAGAAUAGGAGAACUAGAGAAAGCUACAAAGUUUCUGGCUGAUAAGCUUUGCGCUACUGUAACGAGCAAGGACUUUUCUGUAAUAUAUGAUUUUUUGGUGUUACUAGAAGAGAACGUACUGGAAGUAAUUUUAGAGCACCUCAAGGAAAACCCAGACGAAGAGGAGAAGUGGGCGGAAAAACUUAAUGACCAUAGCACAUCUUUGGAGGAUUUAAUUAGCAGACACCCGAUUUUAUUGAAUGAUUUACACUUGCGACAAACACCUAAUGAAAUUCAGCAUUGGAUGGACCGGGUGAGCCUCUUUCCAAACCUUGCGGACAAGGCAGGAGUGUAUGCUGAUGCCAUUAGAACCCUUGAUCCCAGUAAGCAGCGGGUUCCGGGUGAGCUGGGCAAACUGUGGGCUAAUUAUGCCCAUCUAUAUGCGGACAAUAAUGAUUACACUACUGCCAAAGAGAUAUUUGAUAAAGCAUUGAAUGUAGGGUUUAGGUUCCUAUCCGAUGUUGAAGUUAUAUGGAGUAAGUGGAUAAGUUUAGAAAUCAUUAAAGUCGGUCUUAACAGCGCAAUUAGAACCUUAAAACAAGUACUAGAUAUUCCUCCCAACGCGGCAAUGCUUGAGGAAGAUUAUGAAUCUAAGAAAAACAUACCCGCCCAGACUAUUGUGUUUAAGUCGUUUCAGUUAUGGUCCUUAUUACUUGAUCUUUUGAAAGACGUUAAGGACCAUUACAAGAACUAUUUUGAAGAUAUCCAGGAAGCAUACGAAAAUAUGUUUAAACUAAAGAUUGCAACACCUGCUAUAUUAAUUGAUUAUGCACAUACUUUAAAAGAAUAUGGAAAAGUUCGUGAAUCGUUUUCGGUUUAUGAAAGAGCUAUAGAGACCUUCCCUUCAGAGGCCGCAUUUGAGAUUUGGAAUAUAUACCUUGCAGAAGCAAUGGAAAGCUCCUUGUCUAAAGAAGAAAUUCGAGACUUAUUUGAGAGAGCACUGAAACUAGCCGACGAUGGGUUGGAUUGCAAAGCAUUUUUUCUCCUUUACAGUAAAUUUGAAAAGAACAAUGGCAUGGCGAAGCGAUCUGUGGAUAUUUUGCAUCUUGGUUGCCAAAAAACGAAACAGUUAGAAAGUAAAUGCUCACUUUGGAAGAUUUGUUUAAUAACAUGUCGAGAAAACCUUGGGGACAUAAAUUCCAGGUAUUUGUAUGAGGAAUGCAUCCAGGCGCUUCCUAAUUCGAAGUGCACCAACUUCGUCCUAGAUUUUGCUAAAAUGGAAGAAUCGCUGGAAGAAUACGCCCGUGUGCGAAGCAUUCUUACUUUUGGCGCUAAACUUUUACACCCCACGAACAACGUGGCAUUGUGGGAAUAUUGGGAAGAAUUUGAGUUAAAUAAUGGCAAUAAAGAGACCUACAAAGACAUGUUAAAGUUGAAGAGAGAGCUAAAUGAGACCUUCCGAAUAGAUACCGAGAAAGUUUCGAAACAAGAUGGAGGCAUAGCCUUUGAAGCAUCGAAUGUUAUUGGAGGUGCUUCAAGCAAUGAAAAUAAGACCAAUCCAGAUCAAAUAUUGUAA